GGAUAGCGAGCCGGUGUUGCAAGCCCGGAUCGGGUUUAUGGUUAUCUUACCAAAAUUUCUAGGGUUUCUCUCCGCCAUUUCUUCCCCCCGAUCGCUGAAGCCACCGGCGCGCCUCCUUCUUUCAACCAUCUUGUGCUCAUUUACCGGCGUGCUAAACUACGCCGAGGCGGCGUGUAAACCCUAGAAGGCAAUCGCGAGGAUCAGGUACUGGAAAGUGAGAGACUGUUGGAAACACUACAUCAGUUCAAUUGCUUAUAUCAGAUGACUCCAGCAGUAGAACGCAGGGACCAUGCUAGACGGGGUUUAUCUGAUCGGUCAAAAUCACCUGUUAAGACCCGCCAUUCCCCCCAGAGAAGGAGCCCCCCUCAGAGGGGAAGAUCCCCAAGCCGACGACGGACUCCUGCAAGAACAAGCUCACCAAAGAAAGAUAGUUCGUCUCGAAGAAAAUCUCCUGUAAAAGAAAAGAUGCUCAAUCAAGUCAAAUCACCAAAACAUUCUCGAGGGAAACCAUCUACAAGAAGCAGUUCAUCCCCUUCACCAUCUCCUCAUAGUAAACGCUUAAGGAGAAGCCAAGCUGAACGUGAGCCAGAAAAAAGGAGUAGAGAAGACCAUAACAAGGAGGGUGAGAGGGAAUUUAGAGAGAAAGAGAGGAAGAGAAGUCGUUCACUGUCUCCUCGUUCUAAACGCCUAAUGAGCGCUCAAGCUGAAAGAGAGUCUGAAAGAGUUAAGGUAAAGGAACAUGGGAGAAAUAGCACUAGGAAAGACCAUGAAAAGGGGAGGCAUGGGGAGCAUGAGGAGACUAAGGAUACUCUUUGCGAGAGAAGGUCGACAAGAGAGAAGAAUGAUGGUGUUUCUUCUAGAUCAUCAAGACGUGAUCGAUCAGUCUCGCCAAAGGAGCAUAACCACAGGAGAAAACACAGUUCUCACUCCCCCUCCAGAGAUUCCAAGGCUGGAGCACAUGAAGAGGCAUCACGGUUGAGACCAAAUGAACAUUUCAGGGAUGGUGAUCUUGAUUCUGUUGCCAUGAUGAAGGCUGCUGAAGAGUCCCUCGAAGCUAAGGAAAAAGACAAGCAAAAGCCAUCAUUUGAACUUUCCGGCAAGCUUGCUGAGGAGACUAAUCGUGUUCGAGGUAUCACUCUCCUAUUUAAUGAACCAGCAGAUGCUCGAAAACCUGAUACUAGAUGGCGAUUGUAUGUUUUUAAGGCUGGAGAAGUGCUGAAUGAUCCCCUUUAUGUGCACCGUCAGAGUUGUUAUCUCUUCGGACGGGAAAGGAGAGUUGCAGAUAUCCCUACAGAUCAUCCUUCUUGCAGCAAACAACAUGCUGUUAUUCAGUACAGGCAAGUGGAGAAAGAACAACCUGAUGGAUUAAUGAAAAAGCAAUCGAGAAUAUGUGAUCUUGCACGAGAACUCAGCUGGGGAGUGAGUUCUUGCAAAACCGAACUCAUGUUCCAGAGACGAUAUUCUUGGGAUCCAAUCAAACGUUUAUAUUUUCAAAAUCUAAAGCUGCUUCACAUUGCAACAGUAUCUGUUCGGACCUUCAAAGUUUCCGCUGACAGCGAAAUCAGUAUAUUAUCCGGUUAUGCAUCUUGUUUCCAUUGCAGUUGCGCACAAGAAAGAACCAAGAAAAAGACGUGUUUUAUAUAUGAUUUUGUUUGUAGUCAACAGUGUUUUAUGUAUGAUUUUGUUUGUAGUCAACAGUUCGCUAUCGUAUCUGCUGUGACGCAAUGUUGGCCUUCAAAGUUUAUUUGACGAGGAAUUAAUAGCUUCGUUGCUCCUGAA